CUCGAGCAAGAUGGCGUCUGGUAGAAAGGUGUGUUAGCAGAGUGUCUUUGUUGUGUUUUUAAAGUGUGAACAUGUCUAAAGUCCAAAUGCUGAGAGCGUUGGUGAAGCAGCGACUAACUGCGGCUGCUGAAGAGAUAUUUGGGCUGGUUGAAAGAACGAUAGCAGAGUACGAGGAGGAACUUUGUCGAUCAAAAGAGGAGAACGAGCGACAACGGAAACGACUGGACGCUGUUUUCAACCCUCAGCCUCAGUUAAACAAAGCAGACAUCCAGCAGCUGUCGGUGGUUAAAAAAGAGGUUCCCCCUGAGCAGCAUGAGUGGAGCUCCAGUGUGGACCAGGAGGACCCAGAGCCUCCACACAUUAAAGAGGAACAGGAGGAACUCUGGAUCAGUCAGGAGGGAGAGCAGCUUCAAGGGCUGGAGGAGGAUGAUAUCAUCAAGUUUACCUUCAUUCCUGUCCCUGUGAAGAGUGAAGAUGAUGAAGAGAAACCUCAGUCCUCACAGCGUCAUCAAAGACACACUGAACAGAUGAGAACAGAAGUGGAAGAAAAGGGUUGUGGAGGAGCAGAACCAGCCAGGAACUCAGAUCCAGAUACACAUUUACAACCUGAGACUGAUAACAAGACUGGAGAGUCUUCUGAACCUGAGACUGAUGACAGUGAUGGUUGGAAGGACACCAGAGAACCUCCGUCAGGUUUAAACUGUCUGAUAAAUGAUGAAGUCUCUGUCAAUGAUUUGAUUGUUGAUGAGAAACGAUUUAGCUGCCCUGAGUGUGGGAAAAGAUUUGGUCACAAGGGACAUCUGAGGAUUCACAUGAGAUCUCAUACUGGAGAGAAACCAUUUAGCUGCUCUGAGUGUGGUAAAAGAUUUGGUCAGAGUGGCGAUCUGAAGAUACACAUGAGAUCUCAUACAGGUGAAAAACCAUUUAGCUGCUCUGAGUGUGGGAAAAGAUUUGGUCACAGUGGCGAUGUGAAGAAACACAUGAGAUCUCAUACAGGAGAGAAACCAUUUAGCUGCUCUGAGUGUGGGAAAAGAUUUGGUCAGAGAGGAAAUUUGACGAGACACAUGAGAUAUCAUACAGGAGAGAAACCAUGUAGCUGCUCUGAGUGUGGGAAAAGAUUUUGUCAAAUUGAGCAUCUGAAGAGACACAUGAGAACUCAUACAGGAGAGAAACCAUUUAUCUGCUCUGAGUGUGGGAAAAGAUUUUGUCAAAGUGGAAGUCUGAGGAAACACAUGACGUCUCAUACAGGAGAGAUAAAGGGCGAGGCGAUAUGAACAGAAAUUCAUAUCAGCGAUACA